ACCACCCACCAAACCAACCCAUUUCCCUCCCAAUUGUUGGUGGAACCGAACCGAACCCUCGAACAAAUUCCACCACCGCACACUUCUGCACUUUUUCUCCUUCACAUGUUUUAAGAUCUCUUCAUCAGCCCAAUUCUUUUAUUUUCUUGCACCCAAAACAAGGAUGAAUUUUGCUUUAUAUUUGGAUUUUUCUUUUCUGGGUCUCAAGUCUACUAAUGGUUCUUGCUCGAAUUUGUUGUUAACCAAGUCAUUUAUUCAAGAAUCCUCGUACUGUUCUUGUAAAAAAAAGAUGGUUGUUUGCAGCCAUUUAAUGCCUGGACAUUUAGAGGGUUCUUUCAUGGGGGAGAAAAGAUUUGAAGAACUUCCCAGGAAGUUGGAAUAUGUUAGAACAUUGUUGGUUGAUAAUUAUGAUAGUUAUACUUAUAAUAUUUAUCAAGAAUUGUCUGUUGUUAAUGGAGUGCCUCCUGUGGUGGUGAAGAAUGAUGAGUGGACAUGGGAGCAAGUUUGCUAUUAUUUAUAUGAAGAAAAAGCAUUUGAUAACAUUGUUAAUAUCAUUUCACCUGGUCCUGGUUCUCCUACUUGUGCUACUGAUAUAGGAAUAUGUCUUCGGUUGCUGCUCGAGUGUAGGGAUAUUCCUAUUUUGGGUGUUUGUCUUGGAUACCAGGCUUUGGGUUAUGUUCAUGGUGCUCAAGUUGUCCAUGCAUCUGAACCAGUUCAUGGAGGCAUGAGCGAAAUUGAGUAUAAUGGGUGCAAACAUUUCAAUAAUAUACCUUCUGGCCCAAACGCUGGAUUCAAGGUGGUUCGAUAUCAUUCUCUUGUUAUAGAUGAAGAAUCACUUCCAGAGGAUCUUGUACCAAUUGCAUGGACUACUUCUGCUGGCAUACAUUCUUUCCUCGAGUCUCAGAGUUCUGAUACUUGGUCUUAUAGCCUCUCUGAAGAAGUGCAAAUGAAAAAAAUUAUCGUGGGCAUUAAGCAUUCUACAAGACCUCACUAUGGUUUACAGUUUCAUCCAGAGAGUAUUGCCACCUGUCAUGGGAGGCAGAUAUUUGAAAAUUUUAGAGAGAUGACACAGAAUCAUUGGCAGAGACUGAGAUCAACAUUUGUCAAUGAGAGAAAUGCCAUUUACGCUGCUGCAUCAAGUAAGAAAGAAAAGCGUUUACCAGGCAUCGCGAUGGAGAUCUACCAUCAAUUACCGAAGACCUUUCCUGUUCGAGUAGUACAUCCUUCGCCUAGAAAGUCGCGGUCAUUUUCCUUUACGGUUACCAAUUCAAAAUAUAAAACUGAAUCGGAGGAUCGGAAUCGAAUGUUUAUUCUGGGAAUGGGGUAUGUAGGUCAAGUCUUUGCAAGAAACCUCAGAAACGAAGACUGGAUGGUUACUGGUACGAGCACAAGCACAGCCAAAAAGGAGGAGCUUAAGGAGAGAGGAUUUGAUAUUUGCCUUUUCGAUACGAAUGAGCCUCAAUUGAGCACAUUGAAUACUUUGAAGAGCUGUACACACUUACUAGUGUCUAUCCCUUCUGUGGUAGGCGUUGGCGAUCCGUUGCUUCAGCAUGAUGAACUACUGAGAAGUACUUUGUUGGAUGGAAAUCUUCAAUGGCUCUGCUAUCUGUCGUCUACUAGUGUAUAUGGUGACUGUGGUGGUGCUUGGGUGAAUGAAGAUUAUUCGACAAGCCCUACAAGUGAAACGGCUAAAGCAAGGUUGGCUGCUGAAGAAGGAUGGAUAAAUCUGGGCACUAGUCUUGGAAUUUCAACGCAAAUAUUUCGACUUGGUGGUAUCUAUGGUCCUGGUAGGAGUGCUAUUGACACAAUAAUUAAGCAAGAACCCGUUUCGAGAAGUCAGAAGAUGAGAAUAUCCAAAAAGUACACAUCCAGAGUUCACGUUGAUGAUAUUUGUCAAGCACUGAAGGCUAGCAUCCACAGACUACCCUUCCGGAGAAUUUACAAUAUUGUGGAUGACGACCCGGCUCCUCGUGACGAGGUGUUUGCCUAUGCUAGAGAAUUGGUUGAGAAAAAGUGGCCAACUUGGGCCGAGCAUAAUACAUUUACUGAGAAAGCUAUAUCAUAUAACCGGAGAGGCGAGAAACGUGUUUCCAAUGAUCGAAUGAAAAAAGAACUAGGAGUCAGGCUUCUUCAUCCGAGUUACAAAUCAGGAUUGCUUAAUAUCAUAGAUCAGAUGGAAUAUCCAUCAUCAGAGAAGUAGACUGUUUAUGUUGUAGAUAAAUUAGAAGUACACUGAUUUCUGCAAUGAAAGUGCCUUUAAGUUUUGCCUUCA